AUGUCACUAGAACCACCAACAACUGCACGAGUUACACUCCAUACAACAAAAGGUUCAAUAAAAUUAGCUCUUUUCGCAAAAGAAUUACCCCUGACAUCACUCUCAUUCUUGCAAUCUAUAUAUGCCCAAGACUUUACCGAUGAAGAAUUUGAGUUGCCUCAAGAUACAAGCAGCUCAGAGAAACCAAUCAUGUUAAACUUUGGACAUGUCAAAACUUUUGACCCUCUACACGAAAAAGAACCAUUAAAUGGUGAAACGGCACAAGAACUGAUGAUAGUUCCCAAGGAAUUGCACCCACGUAUUAAAUGCAAACGUGGUGGCUAUCUAGCGAUAUCGCGCAACCAAUGGAUGAUUAGCAUGACUGAACUUAGUGGAGUGAGCAAUGUUGUAGGAAAAAUUUAUAAUGUAAAUGAUGAUGAUGAUGAUCAGGAUCAUGAUCAUGAUGAUAAGAAAGAUUCGUGGUUUGUGCUAAAGAGCAUAGCUGAUGGUGAAAAAGAAAGCAUUGUUAGCACAAAAGAUGACGGUGAAAAAGUCAAAAUUACAAAAUUUGUAUACCCUGUAAAGAUUACUGGUGGAUCAAUUGAUGUACCGUUUUUUGAAAUGCACGAAGUUGAAAAGAGGAAGUUGGAAAAAGAGAGGCUACAAGGGUUGAAGAGGAAGAAUAAUGGAGACGACAAGAAGAAUGAAGUUGCAAAGAAGAAAUCUAGAGUUGUUUUAACUUAUGAUGAUGUAGAAGAUGACGAAGAAGAUGAUGAUGAUGAAGAUGAAGAUGGAGGCAGAGAAAACUUGGGAAGGUUGAAAGUGAAGAGCAUAUACGACAAGCCGAAACAGACAAGUGAUAAAGACACUAAUACGAAGGAUAUAAUUGGAAGCAGCGAUGAAGAACUGCUGCUACUGCUGCUGAGUGAUGAUGACGACCAUGGUGAAAAGAAUGUCAAUCAAAAUCUGCGACAAGCUGACGAUAAAGAUAACGACAAGGAGGGGGAUAGUAGUGGAGAAGGAAGCAGCGAAGAGGAAUCUGAUCUGGACUCCGAAGAAGAAGAAGAAAAAAUGAGAGAAAUCAAUCGCGAUCCAACAAUUGAUUCCAAAUACGACCCUUAUCUCGAUUUAAACAAAGCAGAAUCAAUUACUUACCAGCAACUUAAAACUCAUAAAUUCAAUCCUUUCUAG